AUGUCCCCUUGUAAUUACAGUAUAAACGAGGAUUUAGGAAUACCCAAGCACACGACACGAAAGAGCACAAGGAGAAGCCUUUACUCGAGAGCUGAACACACAAACACACCAGGAUAUUACGAGACUCGCGCUAAACUCGGCUCCGUGCAAGAACCCGGAGUGGAGAGGCUGCACUCCGAGGCAGAGAAGUCCCUCCUCUCAAAACCCGGCAAAGAAUAUGGACCUCAAAGCUACGCCACGAAGCUCCGGAGGACGCUGAGGGAAACCUCUGCCGACGCCGGGGCCAACUCUGCCGAGAAGAGGCUGCAGAAGGCAUCUUCGUCAAACAGUGCAGUGAAGCCGAUGAAAAAGAGAACGCCUGGGAAGCUUACAAAGCCGAGCUCAACGAAGCUUCAGCCUAACGAAGGGAAUAAUGGGAAUCCCGGUAGAAAGAGCACGGUUCCUGCACAGGGAAAACGAGGCAAUGCAAGUGAGCAGAAGCAAAAUGCAAAGACAUUGAAGGAAGGUGGAGACAAAAGGCGAAAGGUAUCUAAACCCGGUGAUCGUAGAGAUGGCGAAAAGAGGACUGAAGGGCGAAAGGAUAACACGAAAGAAGCUAAAGGCGGUAAAAAGAAGGGAGACGCUGCAGAGGAGAAAGAUGUAAAAAAGAAUAAAAGGAAGCAAGGCGACAAAGGGGACAGGAAGAAGGACGAGAAACCAGGCAAAAAGGAAGUUAAAGAGACUGGCAAAAACGGACAAAGAGAAACAAGGCAACAACAGAAACAGUAA